CCCCACCCCCCACCACCGUCUAUUAACUCCUCCCCUCCCAAUUGGCAAUUGCCAUGCUCCUCCUCCAACAUGCAUGUUGAUCACAUACUCCUUUCCCAUAUCUUUACAUUCACAUUCAAAUUACAGUAGCUAGCAAGCUAAAGUGUGUGUCUCAAAAAUUAAAUAGUUCCAAACUUUCUGUGUGCUAUAAUAUAAUACUGUGUUUCCAUCUGUCCCUCCAAUGGAGAACAGUAGUACUGCUAUUGUUCUUUUGGCCUUCCUUGCAGCUACCGUGUCACUUGAUUGUAGUACUGCCGAGGGGAGAGCAUUUUUUGUUUUCGGAGAUUCUUUGGUUGAUGGUGGCAACAAUAACUACUUGGCUACCACUGCUCGUGCGGACUCACCACCCUAUGGUAUUGAUUAUCCAACCCAUGAGGCAACUGGACGCUUCUCCAAUGGCCUGAACAUUCCUGAUAUUAUCAGUGAGAACAUUGGUGGGAGUGAAUCGCCAUUGCCAUACUUGAGCCCAGGCCUGACUGGGCAGAGACUGCUGGUUGGAGCCAACUUUGCUUCUGCAGGGGUGGGGAUCCUUAACGACACUGGCGUUCAAUUUGCGAACAUAAUCAGGAUCUGGCAACAGUUGGAAUACUUCCAUCAGUACCAAGAAAGAGUGAGCGGCCUGAUUGGCGCCGAGGCGGCCACCAGACUGGUGAGAGAAGCGCUGGUCCUCAUCACCCUGGGAGGGAAUGAUUUCGUCAACAACUACUACUUGGUGCCCUUCUCAGCCAGGUCCCGCCAGUAUGCCCUUCCAGACUACGUCCGCUAUCUCAUCUCCGAGUACCAGAGCAUUCUCCUGAGGCUGCACCAGCUGGGAGCCAGAAGGGUGCUGGUGACAGGAGCAGGCCCUCUCGGCUGUGCGCCGGCGGAACUCGCCAUGAGGAGCAGUAACGGGGAAUGCUCAGAAGAGCUGCAGACUGCAGCGUCCCUCUAUGACCCACAGCUCACCAAGAUGCUGGUGGCCCUCAACUCCAAGCUUGGGGGAGGGGCCGUGUUCAUUGCAGCCAACACGGGGCUGAUGCACAGGGACUUCGUGCGCAAUCCAGGGGCAUUCGGAUUCGUGACAUCAAAGAGAGCAUGCUGCGGCCAGGGGCCUUACAACGGAGUAGGACUCUGCACCCAACUAUCCAACCUCUGCCCCAACAGGGAAGCCUAUGCGUUCUGGGAUCCCUUCCAUCCUUCCGAAAAGGCCAACAGGCUCAUUGUUGGCCAGAUGAUAUCUGCCUCAUCAGAAUAUAUGAACCCCAUGAAUCUAAGCACCAUCAUGGCCCUUGAUGCCAUGACAUGACAUGAGUGACAUUGUAACUAGCUAAUAGAUUUUUAUUUGAUUAAUAACCACACUGUAUGUGUGGGUGUGUGUUGCUCAGCGCUGCGCUGCACUUUCAUCAUUUGAACUUAUUCCCAUGCCCAGGCUCCCUUGAGAAAUGAUAUCGAUGCGUGCAAGUUGGUAGCUGAAGAUUUCAACCUGUUAUUGUUGAUCUUGAUCAUUCAAGCGUAAUAAAGUUGUUGAUUUAGUUGUAA